AUGAACGAAUUGAACAACGCCAAGGACAGCAUUAAAGUCUGUGUGAGGAUACGACCUCUGAAUGAAAAGGAAAAAUCUCGGAAUUCUGUAUCCAUAUGGAAAACAGCCUCCAACAAUACCAUCUAUCAUCAUUUCAAUCCAUCGUCCAUAAACAACAAUAACAGUUCGGGAAAUAACCCGACGAGUAGUACUAGCAACAACAACAACAAUAACCUUCUUUCAUCAUCGGCAUCCUCCUCUUCCUCUCUUUCUUCAUUACUUCUCCAACAGCAACAACAAAAUAAUGGCAAUAAUAAUGAUAUAAUGAGUAGUAGUAAUAAUAAUAAUAACGGUAUUCCAACAAGUUAUACCUUUGAUCAUGUCUAUGAUCAACAAAGCUCUACGGAAUUGAUCUAUUCAGAAAUGUGUAAACAUAUUGUGAUUGCAUCGGUUCGAGGAUAUAAUGGAACGAUCUUUGCCUAUGGACAGACAUCCUCUGGAAAGACUUUUACAAUGAAAGGUUCCAAAGACUUGGAAGGAAUUAUUCCUCUUUCAAUACGUGAUGUUUUUACAACCAUUUCACAAACACCAGAUCGAGCGUUUCAAAUACGAGUUUCCUAUCUUGAAAUUUAUAAUGAAAUUAUUAAUGAUUUACUCGAUAUUGAAAACAAAAAGUUAAAAAUUAGAGAAGAUCUCUCCAAAGGAGUCUAUGUCGAAGGAGCAACAGAAGAAGAAGUUUCAGAUAUUCAACAAGUGCUUCGAUUAAUGGAACGAGGUGAACAUAAUCGACAUUUUGGAGCUACCAACAUGAAUGACAGAAGUAGUCGAUCUCACACCAUUUUCAGAAUUACCAUCGAGUCCAUGGAUGCAGAAAUUGCAAAACGAGUCAUGGAAGAUGAUGAAAAUUUAGACAUGUCUUCUGACUCGGAUUCCAAUACACGAGUUUUGUACAGUACACUCAAUUUAGUAGAUUUGGCAGGAUCUGAACGAGUUUCAAAUACACUUGCUGAGGGACAACGAUUGAAAGAAGGAGCUGCCAUUAAUAAGAGUUUAUUCACACUUGGUAAAGUCAUUUCAAAAUUGAGUGAAGGAAAUUCUGCUCACAUUCCAUAUAGAGAUUCAAAAUUGACAAGAAUUCUUCAGAGUGCUUUGGGAGGAAAUUCGAAAACAGUUAUUAUUUGUACAGUUACACCUGCUUUACAGUAUUUUGAAGAAACUCAAUCCACUCUCAGUUUUGCAAAUCGAGCGAAAAGUAUUCAAAAUAGUGUCACCAUUAAUGAAAUUCUUGGAGAUAAGGCACUGUUGAAAAAGCUUAAAAAAGAAAAUGCAGAAUUGAAAUCAAAACUUUUAACUGAAAUCACACGAUUAGAAAAGGAAAAGAAGGAAUGUAUUCGACAUUACGAAGAGAAGUUUUCUCUCCUUCAAUCGAGUCAAUUCUCUUCCGUGAAUGACGAACAAGAAAAAGCAUCUCUUAAAAAACUCAUUCAAGAAAAGGAAAAAGACCUCGAGUGGAUUCAAGCUCUCUCUAAAAGUAGUCAACAACGAUUGGAUGAAGAAUUGAAACACUUGCAACACACACUUUCGAGUACGAUUGAAAAUUCCAACCAAACCAUUUCUGCCAUGAAAUUCGAGCAUGAGAAGAUCAUUGCUCAGUUCAAGCAAGAUCAUGAACAAGAGUUGGAAAGAUUAAAAACUUCUCAUCAACAGAAAUUAGAAGAAUUGACUCUUCAACUCUCUCAGAAAUAUGAAGUUGAACAACAACAACAACAAGUGUUAAAUUCACACCUUCAUGAAGUCGAAUGUGAAUUAAACAAACACAUGACAUUGUUACACGAACGAAUCAAAGAGUUGGAAAGUUGCAAGGAAGAUCUAGAAACACAAAUUCAAACUCUGAAUUUAGAACAUUUAGAACAUGAAAAAACAAUUCAAAUGGCGCACGACACUACAAAAAGUACUCUGGAACAUGUGCAACAAGAAUUAUCUCAUUUAACACACACUCAUGAACAAGAAAUUCAAACACUGCGAGAGACUAUUGAAAAAUUACACACUGAAAAUCAAUCCAAAGAAUUUGAAAUCAGUUCUCUCAAAGAAGCCAUUGAUUCUCUUUCUCAAUUAUUGAAGGAAAAAGAGGAAGCAAUGGAAGAACUUGAAUAUGAUUUUGGAAUGUUACAGAGUCAAGUCAAGCAGCAACAACAACAACAAAUAUCAUUAGAAUUGACAUCAAGUGCUCUUUCUCGAGAAGGAGGAGAGAACAAAUCUGAAUCUCAUUCAAAUCUUGAAGAGCUCGUUCAACAAAAAGAUGCUUACAUUUCUCAAUUGCAAGAUGAAAUUACUCUCAAAGAGCAAGCAUUUAAACGGGAAAUUGAUGAUGCAGUCGAAAGGAUUAAGGAGCUUGAGGAAGAGAAGGAAAGUAUUGUGACAGGAAUGUCGAGUAAGCUUGAGGAAAUGAAUCGUUUGUUGGUAGAAAACAAAACACUCCACAAGCAAAAUGAAGAGUUGAAGUCCAAGAUUGAAUAUGGAAAGGCUCGAUCGCAGCGACUCAUUGAAGAGAGAAAACGAAAGGAGGUGCCUUCACAUCCGUUAACUCCUCGUCACGAAUGUGAUGACAGCAUCAACAGCACGCCAUGUAGUCAAGAGUUCAAAAAGUGUAAAUUAAGCACCCCACCUUCUCUUGACAAUGUGAUACACCAGGGCAGCAAUUCAAGUGGGCUAACAACAGGAGUUUCAAGCAGCAAUUCCCAUCACCACUAUUUCAUGAAUACAAGCUUGGAAAAGCUCGAAGAUUGCUCAUCGUUGUCCAUGAUGACGAUGAAUAAGGAAAAUAAAAUAAACUAA